CUUCCGCCCCAAAGCUAUACCGUGUCGCGAAAACGUACUCGUUACUACUUUCGUUGAACGGCAAGAACUGUGAGCGCACUAUUGGGGCUAAAAUGGCUGCCCGACCAGCCGUCACGCUUACAGCCGAAGAACACGCAACGCUGCAGCGGGUGCGGAUCGCCGUCCAAGCGGUCGCCAGCAGCUCGGGCAGCGGCGAGCUCGGGAGUGCGCAGGCGCUCGCCCAGGCACUCGCCGCCCGCUGUGGCUUGGUCGCUACGGUUCGUCAGGGUAUAUCAACGGACUUUCAUCAUAUGCGUCACGCAUUCCUGCUCGUUCAGCUUUACCCUGGGCAAGGACCCGCAGUUGUUGUGGACCCGAACUUCCGGGACCGCUUCGUGUACAGCAUGCUGCCCCCAAACACGACCUACGGCGCCUGCGUCGCAGCGUUGCCGAAGCUGUUUGUGGGCACGCUGGCCACCAUCGCCUCCCUGGUGAACCUCGUGUCAUCGGCCCUGCAAAAAGAGGCUGCUGCCCGGGGCCACGACCUGCCGCCGUGGCGCAGCCCCCGCGCGCUCAUGACCAACUGGCUACCCGCGCGCUUCACCGACUCGGUGCACGCCCCGCCCGCGUGCGGCCUGCACCCUGUGCUCCUCAACACCACCCACGGCCACAGCCAGCAGCCGACUGCCACCGCCCCCACCUCUGCCUGCGGCAGCUCUGCAGCAGCCUGCUCCGCAACCGCCCAGGCCGGCGGCCGCCAGUUGGGCCCCAGCACCGUCGUCCGCGGCUUCAUCGCGGCACCGGCGCCGGUUUCUUCCGCUGCCGCGCCCAUGGCGAUCCCCGCCGGGAACGGGCGGCCGCUGGUGCUGAACCUUCUGACCACCACGACCUCCUGCAACACCACCACCUCGGCCUGCUGCUCGGCCAACAGCAGUCUGUGUAGCAGCCCCGCAAGCAGCUGCGGCCUCGCCAGCCCCAACCGCAGCCACAUCAGCACGGCCGCGGCCAGCAGUAGCCAGACCGUCAUGGCGGGCGACGGCGCAGACACCAGCGCAGACGCAUCGUGCGCUGCGGACGGCGACCAUUGCCGCCGCGCCGACGCUGCGGGCGCUGCAGGUGCGCGGGCGCUGGCCAUCGCGCUGGCCAUGGGCUGCGCUGAGGAGGAGCGCUGCUGCCUUGCCAAGUCCACCCUCAACCACAGCCACCAGCAGCACCAGCAGCCAGACAGCCAGCCGCUGCGGCCGCCGCUCCGGAAGCGUGUGUCGCUCCUCACCCGUAGUCUGUCUGCCGCGGCGGCGUCCGCUGCGCAGAAGGCGGCGGCGCGGGUGUCGUUUGCCGCAGCGCCCCUUGCGCCGCGAUCCAUCAGCAUCCGCGCCGCCGCCGCGGCGGUGACCGGUGUCCGGGGCGGUGAGGUCCAGCCCGCGGGUGACCGUGUGGUAUGCAUUAAGCAUGUGGAGGAGGAGGAGGCGCAGCAGCGCGGCUCCAACCAGGCCAUCGCAGCGCUCCGCCAGGACGCUGUUGCCACACCCUCGGGCCGGUGCUCCUCAGCAGCGCGUCAGGCGGCGCCCCACGCGGCGGUGCCGGUGAAGGCUGCUACUGGUAAAGGCGGCUGCGCAGCAGCAGCAGCAGCUGCGUGUGAGGUGGUGGCGGCGUCGAGCCUACCCAUGCGACACUGUGUGUCGUCCGCCAACCUGACGGCCCUCAAGCAGCUGCCCGUCCGCAGCGGCGUUUGGGAGGACGCCCCGGCACGGCCGCUGCCCUGCAGGCGGCACCCGGCCCUGCAGCCGGCGGCGGAGGCCAAUAUGCCGCUGCCCGCGCCGCCCAUGGCUGCGCCCGCGGCCCCUGCUCAACAGACCGCGCAGCCCAGCGGCGGGGUGGUGCCCGGCACUCGCCGCUGCUUCGCACCCCGUGUGUCGGCGGAGACAGUGCCGAUUCUGGAUACGACGGCUGCCGUGGCGCCCAUUGUGCGCUGCUGCUAGUGGUCCAGUUGAUUCCUCGGUCUCGGAUAGAAAGGCAUGAGCUCCGCUUUGCUGCACGUAGGUUGUAGAACAUCACUGCUUAAAUUCUCUGCACUAAAACGUGACCCUCACGGGACCUGGGCAUUGUGCGUCUUUCUUUAUAUUUACAUCGUGGAUAUUGGGACACUUUGUGUGCAUACGGUUCGCAUGUGUACUCGGUAGCCCAGGAGUGGCUGUGUGGAAACCUGCGCACGAAGCCAGAAGAUUUGCAGCCAGCAUGUGGCCACGGCGCAGUGUGCAUGCCCGGAUGUCCGGCAGCCGCGAUUGGAUGUACAACCUGUGAAGGCCCCGCAGUCAACUGAAUACAAGUGACGACACGUGCCUGGGGGCCAUCAACGCGUGGGAAGCCGAAGACAAUCGUCACAAUUACAAUCAGAUAGCGAGCGCUGUCCGUUGUUUUACAGGUUCCGCGGUGCAUUCACGGUGUGGUGUGUGUGGUGGUAGGGGGGCCCAUCCGCCGUCCAUGAAAGACAGUGGGCGGGAUAGUCAAGCCCAAGUGCGGGCAAGUACAGGGGGCUGACGCUGUGACGAGCCUGCCAGGGUGGCGGUUAAGCUGUACCUGUUUUUAAUGCGGUAGUGCGAGCGUGCACGCGCGCUUUGCGCUGCACAUAGGAAUGGGGGCAACGAACGGACCAACCACAUCCAACGCCACGAAGUCGAGUGGGGGCAUAAGAAGCUGUGAAGGCUGGCUGUGACCAGUGGGUAAUACCUUUACGCACGCUCCGAUGGGCAGCUUAUCGUGCAGACGGGCGCCAAAUCCGAUGGCAGUAGCCUGAAAUUGUGGUACUACCAGUUGCACCGGAGCUUGUCAUGCAGUUCUACUUACUUUCAAGUGCGGUCGUGCACGCCUGUUGCGCACCCAGUUCACUAGCUAGCUGUUCUGGUGCUUGUGUGCGGCCCGUAUGCCAUGGCAUGUGGCUGAUGGGUACCAGGCGUACUAAAAGUAUGCGGUACGGUAUGACGGGCUACAAGCCUGCAAUUACCUACACUUAGGUGCGUCUAGGCCGCAGGCCACCAUCAACCGCUACACAGUCCUUUGCGUGGCGGUGGUGACUGGGCUUUACGGCUUGCUACCGACGCGUUCCCGGCAGUAGCAGUAUAAUAGGCAAUAAAUGGCAUUACGCCCCUUUUUGCAGACAUGGUCCAUGGUGAUAGCAAUGUUAGUUGAGGCCACGUCACUGUGUUUGAUGGGUGCAGGAGGUGGUGGCGCAGUGAGAGUGUCUUUGACACCCUGGACGCAAACGAGUGCAAACUUGCAAAGGCAUGGGGAAGGGGGCUCAUGCCGAUGUGGCUCUUGCUGAAACGCAUGGGGGUAAAUUUGGCAUUGUCGCUUCUCUGAGGUUGGGGGCCUGUGGAUACCUGGGACUGACUGUGCAUGGUGCAUGGGCUACUCGUAAUACUGCCGGCGGUGGCACUCAGGAAUGAUGUGGGCGAUUUGGCGUGAUGCAUGUGGGGCUGCGCAAUGACUUGGCCAGGCAGCAGCUUAGGAGGGUAGCAUACCCGGUGAUUCCGGUAUGCUUCGUUUACUCAUGGAGGUACCCAAGAUGAAGCUUGUCUACGCCGCGGGGACGCGCAUGUCUUUGCCCUUCGGUCGUGGACGGCGGAGCCCAUCGCUACGUGCGAAGGCAGGUACUAGAACAGAAUUGCGUUGCCAUGUAACGGAACAAGUGACGCUCAAAGAUUAAGCCCCCUCUGGUACGUGUCUCUGGCGUUGAAGCUCGCAGCCUCGACAGUGGGCAGCACGGCCAAGCUCACGUCCCAUUCGCACAUGAAAGCAACCCACACUCCAGGCCCCAGUACCGGUUCCCUUCAGUU